UUUGGCCCCCAGCUGGUUAUUAUUACUAAUUUCAUUGCGUUUAUUUUAUUUUCGGUUUCUGUUUAGUUCCCAAUUAGUUUUAAUGAUCCGUCAAUGAAACCAUGGAUCAGCUGUACCUGGAAAUCGAGAUCAGCACGCAGAAGGAGACCACCAUCUACACCAGUGUCUCCUCGUUCCUGGCCUUGUUUACCUACAAAUUUCUUAGCGAUCCGAAAAAUGUGCGGGUUAACUUCGUCUCCACAAAGAUCGAGGGUGGUAAAAUAGCUUUAAGGAGCUCCCAGCUGAGGAAGGAGCUGACUGACCAGCACAUCACGUGCAGGGAGGCCGCGUCGUUGCCCGCCAUCCGGAAUUUGAAACUUCCUAUUUAUGAGAAGGAGGGUAAUACCUUCAUUGCAGGGACCUGUGCUGUCUGCAGGGAACUUAUCGCCAGACAGCCGAACGAGGAUCUAAGGAAACUUUUGGGCUUCAAGGGCAGCUGCCUUUUGGCUCCGUCUGAAGCCUCGAUUUGGACCCGGUUCUGUGAGGUGGAUGUGGUGAACGUUGUCAGUGAUCUCCACAACGGCCUGAUUCUGGAUGCUGUGCCACCGGAGGUGGUGAGAUUCGAGCAACAUAUGAACGAACCGGUCCGGAUGCACAACAUCUACAAGCAGGCCAGGGAACAGGCCAACCAGACUGAGAAUGGCGGCAAGGUCAAGAAGCGGGAGCGAGUGCAGAUCAAGUGCACCACGCCCAAGGAGGAGCUGCUUAUAGAGCACCGAUUUGCCGAGGGCAUUAGCUUCACAAUUGCUGAUCUCAUCUUGUAUCCCCUGUUACGAAUAGUCUUCCAGCAUUGCGGGCAGAUGCUGCCCCAUUUUCCACUCACGAGUACUUGGUUUAGUGAGAUCGAUUCCUUCGAAGACAAGUGCGCCAAGAUUCUCGAAGAGAUAUAUGUGCCCCAGGCAGUAAGAACCCCUCCCGGAGACCUUGGAAUUCCCGACUGCGAGGCCACCAGUCUGUACAAGGCCGAUCCCAAGCGCUACAAGCCCAGAAAUCGCAUUUACACCAGUCAAGUGGAGUUGGAGGCGGCCCUGGGAAAGCUGUCCGCGCUGCAGCUGCAAUUCAACUCGGAUUCGGAGCACACCUACGGGCAGCAGCUCAUCGACUGGGAGCAGAUAGAGCCCACCCACGCCAAGAGUUCAGCUUUGCCCAAGGAGCGACUGGAGCGCAAGCGACAGCAGCUGGAAAACAUGGCCAAUGCGGUGGUUUCCUUGGCCCAACCGGGGGAUCGCAUCGUUGACUUCUGCAGCGGAACUGGCCAUUUGGCCAUUCUGCUGGCCCUAAAACUGCCAAAGUGCACCAUUAUUGUGAUGGAAAACAAAGCUUUCUCCCUGCUCCAAGCCCAAAAGAGGACCAUCGAAUUGGGCCUGACCAACUGUGUCUUCUACCAAUGCAAUAUAGAUUACUUUGUGGGAGGAUUCGAGAUCGGGGCCUCUCUGCACGCUUGUGGAACGGCCACGGAUAUCGUUUUGCAGCAAUGCCGGAGGGCCAGGGCUCACUUUGUUUGCUGUCCCUGCUGCUAUGGAUCCCUGCAGCCAAUGCCGCACAUCUCAUAUCCGCUGAGCGAAGCGUUCCAAAGGGUUUUGGAAACAAAGGACUACUUGUACAUUGCCCAUUCGGCGGAUCAGGCGCACGAGAUGGGCACCACCAACUGCAAGCCGGAGACCACGCUGCAGGGACUCUACUGCAUGUCCGUGGUGGACACCGAUCGCCAGCUGCAGGCGGAGGAGGCGGGAUACCAGGUCAUCCUCACGCGCUUGAAGCCCGAGCAGUGCACGCCAAAGAAUCACCUGCUAGUCGGACGUUUUGUUAAACAGGACUGAAGUUCUAAACUGCCACUGAUACCGAAAUAAAUGCAUUUUUAAUCUUUUUUAAA